UCGUGCGUUUACAGACACGCGCAAAGGUAGCCGGAAGUAUCGAUGGUAGAAAAUAAAAAAUCGAUAAAUACACAGUGAAUCGCUAAUACAGGUAUUUCGUUGACUGCCCCUUCCGCGAAUACAAACUCGAUUAUUUGCGGCGUCUACACGGUCGAUGUGCUGGACGGGAUGACAACAGCCAGAACAAAAUCUUCCAUUUUAACGAAGUUCCUCGGUGGGGUUUAGCUGACGUGGGGAGAAGUUGAGACUGCCAGAGAGCAGAUAAACAAACAUAAACAAGCAGGGAUCAGCUGAGCGCUUUUCCGAUCCGAACCAACAGGACGAAAAUGUCAAGCAGGGCACUGUUGAUUCCAAUAAUGAUGACCGUGAUAUCUUGAUUUACAUUGGUGUUAGCUCCAUGUCAUUUGUCAACAUUGGCACACAAAGAAUUUUGGAAACAACACGAGGAAUAACGUUAGCCAUAGACCAUUACAGAAAAUCCACCAUUAGCUGCCGCUGCCGUUUUCCAAGAUUAGGUAAUAUUAUGGACCGAAAGUAGUUUUGCUUCAAGUAGUCCACUGUAACGAAACGAAUACUUAUCAAAGAGCAAGACGUCAGAAGUGGGAUAAGAAUGGCCCACCAGACCACCCCAAGCUCCCAGAAGGCCCUGAUGAUGGAGUUGAAGUCUCUUCAGGAGCAGCCAGUGGAGGGAUUCCGCAUCACACUGGUGGAAGAGUCUGACCUGUACAACUGGGAGGUGGCAAUUUUUGGUCCACCAAACACACUCUAUGAGGGAGGCUACUUUAAGGCCCACAUCAAGUUCCCGAUCGAUUAUCCAUACUCGCCGCCAACCUUCCGCUUCCUCACCAAGAUGUGGCAUCCCAACAUCUACGAGAAUGGGGACGUUUGCAUAUCCAUCUUGCAUCCUCCUGUGGACGACCCUCAGAGUGGAGAACUUCCUUCAGAAAGAUGGAAUCCCACUCAGAACGUUAGGACCAUUUUACUAAGUGUAAUUUCUUUGCUCAAUGAGCCCAACACGUUCUCCCCUGCCAACGUGGACGCGUCCGUCAUGUUUCGUAAGUGGCGGGACAGCAAGGGCAAGGAUAAAGAAUACGCUGAAAUCAUCAGGAAGCAGGUGCUGUCCACAGCAGCAGAGGCGGAGCGCGACGGGGUGAAGGUGCCCACCACCCUGGCAGAGUACUGCGUGCAGACCAGGGUGCCGUCCCAGGACAGCAGCUCGGACCUGCUCUACGACGACCUCUACGAUGACGACAUGGAGGAAGAGGACGAUGACGAGGACGAGAGCGAGAUGGAAUCUGGCGGAGAGGCCAGCACCACCGGGGGUAGCGGCACGUCCACCCGCCGCUAUGACAACCAGGACGACUCCGGCAACGAGGAUUCAUGAUGACCUGACUGGUCUCUUGGUCGUGCUGCAACCGCCUCCAUUUUUUAAUUUCUUUUGAAAUUGAAGUGUGUGUGUGUGUGUGUGUGUGUGUGUGUGUGUGUGUGUGUGUGUGUGUGUGUGUGUGUGUGUGUGUGUGUGUGUGUGUGUGUGUGUGUGUGUGUGUGUGUGUGUGUGUGUGUGUGUGUGUACUUGUCGUUGUGUGUAUCAGUCGGUUUGUGUGACUGGCUCUGAUUGAAUUUGUUUGUUUUCAUCAGGAGUCUGAAUAAGGUAAAGUUUGUGGCUUGACCCUCUUAACGGCUGGCUAACUCAUUCUGUAUCUGUCCUGUCUUUCGGAUCUCCUUCCCUCGUCGUCAUUUCAGUCAGUCAUUUUUUGUGCCUCUUCAACAUAGCUAAUUUGUCUUUCUGUCCCAAAUUUGAUGCAAUCUACUACAUCCUGCAAACAAAAACGUACCUUCACACAACACCCAUCUGGACCAGUCCCCUGUACAUCUCCCACUUCACAUCACAUCAUAAGGAAAAGAAGAUAUGAGGAAGGACAAUGUGAAGAACAUGACGGUGAGCUCUCCUGACACUGGAUGGAGUAUCCCAGGUGAACCUAAACCUCACGUCUCUGCCUCUUAAACCUCAGGGCCUCUGCAGACUCUAUGCCAGGAGAGGAAUAAGUCAAAGUAAAAACUAUACGCCUCCUCACCUUCAUUUUCCUCUUACUUUUGUCUCUGUGGGUGUUGUUCGAGGACAGGGAUUCAUGAUAAAAAAUGUAUACAGUAUCCCACCACCGAUAAGUGUAGACUGAGUAACUCACGGUCCAGAAUAGCCAAUUUUUUUCGUUCUUGGCGAGUCAAAAAUCUGGCCAUUUAACGAAACUUUGCACUAUGUGAACUUUUCGAUUCCAUUCAAGUCCCAAGAAUAUUGUUACUUUUUGUGCUUUAAUUAAGCCAACACAUUGUUACCCCAAACAGGACAGAAUAACGUAUGUUGAGUGACCGAAACUAACAUUCAAACAUUUAUUGCAAUCAAUCUGAACAAAAGUACAAAUUGCUUUUUUUGUGUGCACCUUCUAUUAUUGGACUUUUACUCAUGCCAUUACUCCACUCUGCCUCUUCUUCAACUGGUUGAACAUCUUGUCACCUUAGAAUUGUCUGAAUUAACCCCAAUGGUUUGUCCAGUUGGAUAACUGGACAAACCUUUCACAUGGCCUGUGUUCUGUAACCGUUUCUGGCAGCCUGCACGGGCGUGGAUUUGACUGGUUUAGUUGAAAUCUCUCUUCAGCCUGAAUUGAGAAUCACAAUGUGACUAAUUAUGUUAAAGGUAUAAUCCUAACAAUGAAAGCCAUGCUCUGUUUUUAGUUAUCCUGCUUGACGCUUCUUUUUUUAAACAUUUUGAUUCUAGUCAUAACAUUUUGCAGAGCCAAGGACCUGGCGUACCUUUUUAUUACACACACACACACACACACACACACCCGCAUACACAUAUGGAUGGACUUACUUCCAAGGAAAUCCAGUUGCUCGACAAAUAUCGACAAACUUUCAAGUGCUAUAGAGGGAUUGAUGCAUGUAGAAGGUUCUCUCCUUGUUCUCCUGGAAUUCCUGAAAAUGGAUCUUGUGACUCUUGACUGUGAAACAAAAUGCUUUAUCUUCCAUAUUGCUCACCGCAUUUGGGACACAAAGGUGAAUGAGGAAGGAACUCCUGCUCACCGAAUUGGGCCAAUUGUGGAUCCAGUGGUCAUUCACAUUACAGGGAUUGACUGCAUGCUAUGGAUCUCCUCCUCGCCCAAGAGCAGAAGACUGAUGUCAAUUCAUGGGAGGACUGAUGAGCAUUAAGAGAACACAUUUUCACAACCCAUGUCCAUGUUAUAUUCAGAGAGUAGAGCCAGCAGUAGUUCCUCUUUAGGGCUGGUCUUCGGCUUAGCUAAUAAAAAGAGGAAAUGUUAUAUCUUAGAAGUCACCCUUUUUUGUAACUCGUUUGUUGCCUUUUUGUUUUUUUUGUUUCCUUAGAAUGUAGAGACCAUGAAAAGGUUCCCAACACCCCACACACAUAAACACACCCACUACACGCACACUAGUAUCUUAUUUGAAAAAAACAACAUUUGAAAGUGUAUAUGGAAAAUAUAUAUAUCCAUUUUUGGGGUAGGUCGAAGGUGGAUUCACUUAGUUCUUUCCAUCCAUGAGUGUGUAUUUGGAGCAUGUGUUUUCUGCGCCCUAAAUGCCCUUUUGAGGAUGAAGUCUACACACUUAUUGGACUGAGAACUGAUGUAGGCCCCCACAAUCUUAUGUGUUCACUUGGCCUUCUUUGAUCGUCUGUUUCAAUCCGUUUUGUUUGCGAGGAUAAAAAAUGUCACAUGAGAUUUAUAUUGUAUGAACUACAUUGUUGGGUUUUUGUUUGUGAUUUUAGCGUCAGCAUUUUACUGACAUGCCAUUGGAAAUUGACAAUGCAUUGAGGGGUUUUGGCUUGAUAAAGGGGGGGAACUAUUGCAAAAGAAACAUACAGCAUACAAUUAUUGUGAAAUGUUGGCAAUUUAUCCAAAUAAAAUAGUUUGUCAUUGGAGUACUUUGUAAUCGGUUUUCACCUUGU